AAGUGAGUCGUGGCUCCCGGUCUUAUGUCGUCACCGUGACUGCAGUUACGCACGUUGCUAGUUAGUUGCAAUGUUGUAGCUAUUAGCGCGAGGCCGUUUCUUCUCUGGGGGGCCGAACCCUGACGGACACUGACCCGCUCCCCUCACCCACACACUCCCGCUCGACCGCUCCCCGGCACCGGACAGCCGCUCCUCCUCUCCCGGUUCGUUAGCGGGCCCCGCUUGUCUGCCGCCUCCUUCCCGAGCGACGGUUCCGGCUGAGGACCAUGGCCAUGAGGCAGACCCCCCUCACCUGCUCGGGUCACACCCGACCCGUGGUGGACCUGGCCUUCAGCGGAAUCACGCCUUUCGGAUACUUCCUCAUCAGCGCCUGCAAGGAUGGCAAACCCAUGUUGCGCCAAGGAGACACAGGAGACUGGAUCGGGACGUUUCUUGGUCACAAAGGUGCUGUUUGGGGAGCCACUCUGAACAUGGACGCCACCAAAGCAGCUACGGCCGCCGCCGACUUCACAGCGAAGGUGUGGGACUCGGUCAGCGGAGACGAGGUCCUGUCUCUGGCGCACAAACACAUUGUCAAGUCUGUGACCUUCACUCAGGACAGCAACCACCUUCUGACUGCAGGAAACGACAAGCUGCUGCGGAUCUACGACCUCAGCAACACAGACGCAGCCCCUCAGGAGAUCGCGGGUCACGGCGCAGCCAUCAAGAAGGCUCUGUGGUGCAACAACGACAAGCAGAUCCUCUCAGCAGCUGACGACAAAACCAUUCGGCUGUGGGACAGGACCUCCAUGGACGAGGUGAAGACGCUGACCUUCGACACGACUGUGAGCAGCAUGGAGUACAUGGCAGAUGGAGAGAUCCUGGUGAUCACUUAUGGAAAGACCAUCGCCUUCUACAACGCUCUGAGCCUGGAGCUGAUCAAGACUGUGGAGGCUCCGGCUCCAAUCAACUCUGCCUCCCUCCAUCCGGAGAAGGACUUCUUUGUGGCGGGAGGAGAAGACUUCAAGCUCUACAAGUUUGACUACAGCACAAUGGAGGAGCUGGAGUCUUACAAAGGUCACUUUGGGCCGGUCCACUGCGUCCGCUUCAGCCCCGACGGCGAGCUGUACGCCAGCGGUUCGGAGGACGGCACUCUGCGCCUGUGGCAGACGGCGGUGGGGAAGACCUACGGCCUGUGGAAGUGUGUUCUUCCAGAGGACCUGGGAGCUGACAACUCUGAGCAGAUGUACGGCUCCACCCCCGAGAUCAAAGCCUGAGCGCCUCCGCCUGUCUGAACCCGGACGCCCCGAGGAGACCAGGGGGAGUCGGACCGGAGCGUUCGCAGAGCAACCACCGCCCCGCAGGAGGAGUCCCGAGCGCUCCGGGCUGCAGAGGUGAGCAGUAGAGCCGCGCGCUGGCGGCUGCCUGCCUCCUCUCUGACAGCGGUCGACUCAGACCAUGUGACUCCACCUUCCUCUAGCUUCUCGUUCAGUCCCAACCCCCCAGCCGGUGAUGCCACGCUGCGUUUUGGUUUCAUGUUAACGUUUUCUGAGCUGGACCGAGGCAGUUUUCAGUUCAAAGGUACAGCAUUUGUUGCACAGUUUGUGCUGAAGUUAAGAGGCUUUCCUUUCUCCAGACCGACGGCUCGGCUCUGCUUUAGUGAAUGUUGUUUUGUGACGGAGCGAACAGGAAGAAAAGACCCUGGCUUUUCCAUUUUGGUUCCUCUUUUUUGUGUCCAGUGGUGAAAAAAUAAAAACUUUCUGGUUUUAUUUUUAAGCAGCA